AUGGCCGUAUCAAGGUACGAAUCUGCGAAAGAUGAUCUCCAGCGUGCUCUUGUCCGUGCGGCAGGACAAAUAUACAAGUAUGAAUCGAGACUCGGAAUCGAUAGUCAAGUUGUUAACGUUUUCGCAACCGGCUUUUGCCCCGAAUUCUACCGCAUGCAGAGCAGUAAUGUCCGGGAGUUAGUACUCCAAGACGCUCUCAUACCUGGACAAGAGCUGAUCCUGUUUGAGAGUUUAAAAUUAAGAGUAUUCGCAUUACCUAUGCUUUUCGCAGUCGGCUGGACAUCAUCACUCUUCGAGGACCCCGACGAUUCCUCCAUGUUGACGGUAGAGUCUGCUGCCGACUAUUUGUCCGUGUAUCUUGACAUGAAGGGGUUGACGUACUUAGGAUUUGAAUACCUUCGAUCAUGUCUGAAACGCUAUGGCUUUGAUCCGGAUCUCGAAUUUUACCACUGGCUGAAUCAGAUGUAUUUUAAACGCUAUGGUAUUCCGUAUGUUGUUCGCAGCGUUCCAUAUUCGUGA